CUUUCUCACAAAAUCCAUCUCUACCAACAAAUUUAUAUCAUCCAAAAAUUUCUAUCAGCAAAUCUCUGUCAUCAAAAAUCAACAAGCAGCUCUAUCAACAAACUUUAUCAGCCUGUUCAUGUUCUCUUCACUUUCAAAUUAGGAGUGAAUGAUUAUCAGGGACAAAUAUUCUAUAUCGACGGUCAACUUUCCUUGAUAAAUAAAGACCAACAUUUCUGCUCCAUGGCGUGCUCGGAUUGUAAAAUGCCAUUUUUAAGAACUGCUUCACCAAGGCCAAUCUACUGUAUCCAAUGCGAAAGAUCCACUCAACUUAUUCCCAGAAUCCAAUUUGAAGUUAAGGUCACGGAUCACACUGGUAGCACAGUAGCCUCCAUCUCGGAUCAAUCAGCAACAAAGAUGUUGAACCUCACUGUACAAGAGAUUUAUGACAUCUGCCAUGCACAGAGAAAAACACUACUUCUUGACAAUGCGCAUAAACAAUUAGGAUCAAAGACUUUCAGAAUCCAAAUGAAAAGAUUAUUUUCCAAAAAUCAAGACAGGCUAGCUAUCACAAAUUAUGAGGAAAAAGAGCCUACCAACCAACCAUUACCAACUGCACCAAUGACCAACACUGCUGAAGCAAGCAAGCGCAAGGCUAUGGACAUUGGCUUUGACCGAACACAUCAGCAGAACCUGCCCACCAAAGACAGACCUUCCAGCGCUAGACAGAAGACAGAAAGCAAGACUUCUCUCAAAAGGGAGUGAAAGCUACUGGAAAUGUUUUGCCAACAAAUUUUUGGAGCACAUCUUUUUGCCAAUGCACUGUCAAACUACUAUCUGUUUGCCGUAAGACUGCCUUUUUGAAAAGCUACAUCAACCAUAUGUGACGCCCCAUACUUUAAAAAGGUAUUUUGUCAACCAUGGCGUCCACAACUACAACAUGCAUGAUUGCUACUAAAAAAUACUUUUUCUGUAAAUAUGUGCUAUAAAUGAUGUACAUAUGACAGUGCAACUUAUUGUAGUUGUCUUAUACUAUCUUACCGUAUUACUUACGAUAAUCUUCUUACUGUUGGAUGUUUUAAAUCAUCACUCUUAAUUAAUGUCAAAAUUUCCAUGUUUCUUAAAUA